GAGAAAGUAAGCUGAGAGGAGAAAAUAACAUGCUCGGCUGUUCAUUAUUUAAAAUUUGAUAUUUUGGUAGACGUGCUGAAUUUUCUCCAAGAUUUUAGAACUUGUUGCGACACUGGUACGGACUAUCGACUGGGUGUGGAAACUCCCAGGCGUUGUCAAACUACGCAGUGUAUUGGAACGUUGUAGUUUCAUCCACCAGAUUUGAAAACGCUGCAGUCACCUAACUCACCACCACCACCAUCACCCCCCUACCAUCGCCAGAAUUAUAUCAGUUAUCACACUUAUCACACUUGAUAUAAGUUACAACUACAACAUUUCAUUCUGUGAAGUCUUGUAUUGUAACACUGUUGUCUAUAAGUAAUAAUACUCUUUGUUAGUACCGUUUGAGAUAAGGCUUUCAUUCCAAAUGUAAACAAAAUAUGUAUAAUAAUACAUGAGAUACACAUAGAUAUGCAGCAAACAGGUCCAACGUUAAUUGACGAAUCAAUCAUGGAUGUUCCUAUACCUUGUAGGGUGAUCGGUACUAUAAAUAUGCUGUUUUGUUCUUUUUCAGUUGUUUCAUUAUUAAUGUAUACGUUAAUAAUUUUAUAUAAUUGCCGUGUUUGCGAACAUAGUGAUGUGUCAUGCCGAAAUAUGUGUGAAAUUGACACUAAACAUAAGAUAGGUUCAUCGAUACUGUUAAUUUUUUGGAUGUAUAUGUUCCUAAUCAUCGCGUUUUUUAUAAAAAUUAUUGUUGUUAACAAUGGCUUAAGAUCGUUUGACUUACCCACAGGUGGAAAAAAAAUGGAGUUAUGGGUACAUUAUCAUAAAAUUUUUCUUAUAAUUUGUCUUUUGUCCAUAACAUUUCUGGGUAUGAAAAAUAUGAUUGGAUAUAAUUUUUACCUUUUUUACUAUGGAAUCUCAACAAUAGCUUUAAUAAUAGAGUUAAUCGUUAUUGGAAAGUUCAACAAAGAGUAUAUGAUUUCAACUGACCGCUAUAAUAGUGAUGUUUGGUAUUUAAAUAUCUAAAAUAUCAAACAACAAUCGAUGUUACUUAAAUUAUG